AUGAUCGUUGCUGUUGGAAUUACUGUUGCUAUUGGAGAGCUGAGAAAGUGGGCGUUGUCAAGACUGAAAUUGAAGAAACACAAGUUGAGGUGUGUACGUAUGCCAAGUACUGCGCAAGAAGAUUUUUCAGCCAAAAACUGGAGUAUAUUCUUGGAGAUCCACUUGAGACGAUUUGCGCUGUCUUUCUGGAGCUGUUGACGACUGCAAAUUUUAUAAUCAUGAUAAUUUUCUGGAUCAGUGAUGCAUGA